AUGCCGAAUCGAUACAUGCAUAUUACAACGGUUCUUCACAGUUGGAGCUAUCACAUCGUAUUAGCAUUGGUAUUUAUUUCCAUAUGGGUGACGAUGAAUGUCUUAUGCUUCGGUGUAACUAUAUUGCUGAAGAAGCAAUAUCAAAUACUGAAGAAUUCUCUUGGAAGGAGACAUCGUGGAACGGAUUGCAGAGAACCGUUGGAUUUGAAAGGAUUUGUCCAAGACCAUGUUAAAUUAAUCAGGAUGACUCACAUGCUUCGGGACAUACUUGGCCCGAUAGUGGGAGCCCAGAUGAUGCAGACCAUAUUCAUCACAGCAUGUGCCACAUACGUAAUUGCUAAACCAACAGCAAAAUCGGAAUACGAAGUAAAUUUCUUGGCUUAUUCUACUAUGUCUCUGCUGGAACUAUUAGCUCUUUGUUGGCAGAGCCAUGUAGCAAAUCAAGCGAACGAAAAUCUCGGUAUUGGUAUAUGCCAUUUUUCACUGACUGAGCCUCUUGGUAAAAACAAUAGAGAUUGGUUUCUACCUCUUAUGAUGUCACAGAAAACAAUCAAAUAUAAAGCAUUAGGAUUGGUUGAAAUAAAUAUGGAGACUUUCCUUGCGGUGCUUCGGGCUUCUUAUUCCUAUUACACUCUUAUACAAGCUAAAGCAUAG